GCCACCGCACAUGAUAUCCGACGGUCAAUAUCAACCCCAAUCUCCCAACAUUAAAUAGAGGCCUCACGAUCAAAAUCUGCAGCAAGAGGGCUAUGGCACUAUAAAAGUUGGGGGCAAAUAUGCAAUGGUAACACGCACGCAGCAGCCACAUUGAGCAAAGUAAGUAAGCAACACAACAUGGCUUCCUCAAUGCUCUCCACCGCGGCCGUUGUCGCCCCUGCUCAAGCCAGCAUGGUGGCUCCUUUCACCGGCCUCAAGUCCGUCUCCGCCUUCCCCGGCAGCCGCAAGAGCGCCGACAUCACUAGCAUCGCCAGCAACGGCGGGAGAGUCUCCUGCAUGCAGGUGUGGCCGACGGAGGGACUGAAGAAGUUCGAGACGUUAUCGUACUUGCCCCCUCUAUCAAGGGAGCAACUGUUGAAGGAAGUUGAAUACCUGAUCCGCAAGAACCUGAUUCCAUGCCUGGAGUUCGAGUUGAAGGAUGGAUUCAUAUCGCGGUUCAACAACAGAUCUCCCGGAUACUACGACGGAAGGUACUGGACAAUGUGGAAGCUGCCCAUGUUCGGCUGCACUGACCCCGUGCAGGUGCUCAAGGAGUUGGACGAGUGCUCCACUCUUCACCCCAACGCCUUCAUCAGAAUCAUCGGAUUCGACAACGUUCGUCAGGUGCAGAUCAUCAGUUUCAUCGCCCACAGGCCACCGGGCUUCUAAGCAGCAUUGUCUCUUCCAAUGGAAUGGAUGUGAUGUUUGUGUUAGGCCUUUAUCUUAUCUUUUCUUUUCCGUAUCCAAUUUGUGAAUUUUCCUAUUCUCUUUGUCUUCCGAUGGAAUAGGAUUUGAAUGUAUGAGGAUAAAUAUGAUGAACAAUUAAUCAUUGCUUUUACCCAAUAAAUUGUAACGCGUCUUUGUUUAGUCA